AUGUCCGAUGCGGAAGUUGUCCGGAACUCCAUCACCUACAAUGCGGCCAUCAGUGCCUGUGCCAAAGGUGAGGUAUGGGAAGUAGCUUUGUCACUGCUGCACGAGCUAGAGCUGGAGAGCCUGGAGGCCUCCAUCAUCCCUUACAAUGCAGCCACCAGUGCAUGUGCCAGAGGAAGCCGUUGGGAGCUUGCAGUAGCCUUGGCUGCCAGCCUCAACACGAGAAGCCUCGAGCCCGACACCAUCACGCACAACUCUCUCAUCUCGGCGCUUGAGUUCGGUUGCUUAUGGCAAGAGGCUGUGCUGCUGUUCAGUGAAAUGGCGGAGUUCUCUUUGCAACCUACCAUCGUGACCUUCAACUCGCUUUUGAAAACAUGCGCGACUGGGGAAGAGUGGCAACAAGCACUGAGCUUGCUGUCGGAAAUGAAGAACCGAAAGCUCCUGCCAAACAUGAUCACCUUGACAUCGGCCGUCAGCGGCAGCGCCCGCAGCUCUCAAUGGGAAAGCUCGCUGACUCUUUUCCGCGACAUGAGACAAAGCACGGUCCCUUGCAGCGUUCUCGCAUACAAUGCAGCAAUCAGUGCAUGCGAAAGUCAGGGGUUGUGGGAGUAUGCUCUCCAAUAUAUGGCUGAGCUCUGGGCAGAGGGCUUCCAAGCAGACAUCGUCACGUACAGCACAGCGAUCGGAGCCUGUGCCAAAUCCGGGAAUUGGCAGUGGGCGUUGCAGCUGUUCGCGAUGCUGAAACACGACGGCUUGCGCUGGAAUGUCGUCACCUGCAACUCACUGAUCAGUGCGUGUGAGAAGGGUGGCGAAUGGAGCCGAGCGCUCGCGCUGUUAUCUGGAAUUCAGGAUGAAGAUCUCCAGGUGGAUGUGAUCGCCUACAACGCGUCCAUCAGCUCCUGUGAGAAGGCAGCGAAGUGGGAGGAAGCUUUGGGCCUCCUCAGAGACUUGGAGGCCUCUCCGGGGCUCCAGGCUGAUGUGAUUUCUUUCAAUGCUGCCAUCAGUGCUUGCGAGAAGUGCGAGCGCUGGGAGGAG